CCGAUCUUGGAAUUAUUCGCAUCGUAAAAUUUGUAAUAGUCUUUUAGCCUCUUUACGAUUGGAAUCGCUUCUUUGAUUGUUUUGUUGAUUUCAUUAGGUAGAUUAGAUUUAGGAUUUGACUCUACCCAUAUCUAGUUCUUGUGGUCUACAUGUUUCUAGAUCAUUUUUAGACAAAACGAUGGAUCCAAAAAAAAAAACUGAUUGUGACUUCUCUUUGUUCUCUUCUGAAAUAUAUGGGUUCUUUUAUUGUCCACCAACUGUUUGCUAUAAUUCCUCUGAGAGUUCGAUGCAUCGGGAUUUAUAUGUACUGCUGAUGACAUUUCACUAUGGCUGCAGUCUGAACUAAUGGGAUUGAUGAUGGGAGGUGAUCCUGGGAUAUCGGCUUUUCCAGAGGAAGACAACAUAUUCUGCUGGAAAGGAACCAUCACAGGGAGUAAAGACACUGUGUUUGAAGGAACUGAGUACAGACUUUCGCUCUCUUUCUCAAACGAUUAUCCUUUUAAAGCUCCCAAAGUUAAGUUUGAGACGUGUUGCUACCACCCCAAUGUGGAUCUCUAUGGCAAUAUUUGCUUGGACAUUCUUCAGGAUAAAUGGUCUUCCGCUUAUGAUGUGAGGACGAUAUUACUCUCAAUUCAGAGCCUUCUUGGAGAACCGAACAUCAGCUCACCAUUGAACAAUCAAGCAGCUCAGCUUUGGAGCAAUCAAGAAGAGUAUAGGAAGAUGGUGGAGAAGCACUACAAGCCUUUAAACGCAUGAUUCUCAAAAAGACUCUGUAACUGUUUUAAAUCACAACUGUCCUGGAGCAUGUCAAAUUUUUAACUUUUUUUUAUUCUCAGUGUGAGCCAAUAUUAGCAAUCAAAACCCUCUUCAAGUAAUUUAGAUUUGACAAGUUCGUAGUA